AUGGAUCAGCAACUCACAUCAACACAAAAAGCCAAUCUGCACGAGGUCGCUGACCUCAUGCUAGAAAUCUACCAAACUUUGGCAAACAUGCGCUUCCUCAACCCCGCCGGCAUCAUCAAUGGCCCACAUGAUAUCGACAAUGUUCGUGAAUUAUAUGAGGAACUCGGCCUAGACCCCUCGAUCAUGUAUCUCUAUAGCAUCUUACCGUACAUCGACAUCUCCCUUGCUGGCCAAACGGAUUUCUUCAAGGGGGGUAUCUUCGCCGAUUACCGUCAACCCGAAGACAUAGAGCAAGGACGCGAUCCGUUCCAUAUUAUGCCAAGUGAUGAUGGCUAUGAAGAUGAAGAUGGUCCAUAUAUGCGACCGUGGAUAACUGCACUCUCGAUUAUAGGGAACCACCAAAGUGUGAUUCUAUAUGAUGCGCGGAGGCAUCGGAUUUGGAUCAUUGAUCAGGAAAGUUGGGACACAACUGAUCCUGCGAUACGAGGCAAUCCAGACCGCGAGUCUGCUGAUGAGUAUGAGUGUGGCGAGAGAAGCGACAACGACAAUAGCUUUCAGCAUAUACCUAGUCGCCCUGCUGGUGAUGUGCUGAGAGAUAUUAUUCGCUGGUAUCGCUCAUUGGAGAUACUGCCCGGUGGCGGGGAAAAUAGUGGACAGGAAUGGGACAGCGACGAGCUUCCUUUGAGAGAGCUGUAUUCGAAGCAUGGCUGGCCGGAUAAUUUCAACGGUGACGCCUUUCGGGCAGACCAACUAAGGCAUAUUACGUCAAUCGACCCAAGUAUUCAGUUGAUGCGCCAUUCGGAUACACAAGGACAGAAUGGAGAGGAUACAACGUGA